AUGGCUCGCGGAAACACGAGCUCCACUUGGAUGGGCUUGUCGGCGCUCUUCUACUUGAGCCUGCUGUUUGCGCCUUUGGCCUUGGUAGGACGUGUGAACGCAGAGGCUGAGCAAGAACCCUUACAAGAGAACUAUGGCACUGUUAUUGGUAUCGAUCUGGGCACAACCUACUCUUGCGUAGGUGUGAUGCAGAAGGGCAAAGUCGAAAUCUUGGUCAACGAUCAAGGACACAGAAUCACACCUUCCUACGUAGCUUUCACCGAUGAUGAGCGAUUGGUUGGAGACGCAGCAAAGAACCAGGCUGCCGCGAACCCAACGAACACAAUCUUCGAUAUCAAGCGUAUGAUCGGUCGCAAGUUUUCAGACAAGGAUGUUCAAGGUGACAUGAAGCACUUCCCCUUCAAUGUCGUCGAGAAGGAUGGCAAGCCCCACGUCAAGGUCCAGGUCAGUGGGGCCCCGAAGACCUUCACCCCUGAGGAGAUCUCCGCCAUGAUUCUUGGAAAGAUGAAGGAUGUCGCCGAGUCGUACCUCGGAAACAAGGUUACCCACGCCGUUGUUACCGUUCCCGCCUACUUCAACGACAACCAGAGACAGGCUACCAAGGAUGCCGGUAUCAUCGCCGGUCUGAACGUCCUCCGUAUUGUCAACGAGCCUACCGCCGCCGCUAUCGCCUACGGGCUGGACAAGACCGAAGGCGAACGUCAAAUCAUCGUCUACGAUCUCGGUGGAGGAACCUUCGAUGUGUCUCUCCUCUCUAUCGACCGUGGUGUUUUCGAGGUUCUCUCGACCGCUGGUGACACCCAUCUGGGAGGAGAGGAUUUCGACCAGCGUGUCAUCAACUACUUCGCCAAGAAGUACAACAAGGACAACAACGUCGACAUCACCAAGGACCUCAAGACUAUGGGUAAGCUGAAGCGUGAGGCUGAGAAGGCCAAGCGUACUCUCUCUUCCCAGAAGACCACCCGCAUCGAGAUCGAGGCCUUCCACAACGGCAACGACUUCUCCGAGACUCUCACCCGCGCCAAGUUCGAGGAGCUCAACAUUGACCUUUUCCGCAAGACUCUUAAGCCAGUCGAGCAGGUCCUCAAAGACGCCAAGAUCAAGAAGGCCGAGGUUGACGAUAUUGUCUUGGUCGGAGGUUCUACCCGUAUCCCUAAGGUCGUUGAGCUCAUUGAGGAGUACUUCGGCGGCAAGAAGGCCAGCAAGGGUAUCAACCCCGACGAGGCCGUCGCUUUUGGAGCUGCUGUACAAGGUGGUGUCCUGUCUGGUGAGGAGGGUACCGAGGAACUUGUUCUCAUGGACGUCAACCCAUUGACUCUCGGUAUCGAGACCACUGGAGGUGUCAUGACCAAGCUCAUCCCUCGUAACACCGUCAUCCCUACCCGCAAGUCCCAGAUCUUCUCGACCGCUGCCGAUAACCAGCCAGUGGUCUUGAUCCAGGUCUUUGAGGGAGAGAGAACUAUGACCAAGGACAACAACAACCUCGGAAAGUUCGAGCUUACCGGUAUUCCCGCUGCCCCCCGUGGUGUUCCUCAAAUUGAGGUCUCUUUCGAGCUUGACGCGAACGGAAUCCUGAAGGUUUCUGCCUCCGACAAGGGUACCGGAAAGGUCGAGUCGAUCACCAUCACCAACGACAAGGGACGUCUCACUCAAGAGGAGAUCGACCGCAUGGUUCAAGAGGCCGAGAAAUACGCCGACGAGGAUAAGGCCACCAAGGAGCGCAUUGAGGCCCGUAACGGACUCGAGAACUACGCUUUCUCAUUGAAGAACCAAGUCAACGACGAGGAGGGUCUUGGAGGAAAGAUUGAGGAGAAUGACAAGGAGACUCUUCUUGAGGCUAUUAAGGAGACGACCGACUGGCUCGAGGAGAACAGCGCCACGGCCAACGCAGAGGACUUCGAGGAGCAGAAGGAGAAGCUGUCCAACGUUGCCUACCCCAUCACCAGCAAGCUGUACGAUGGGGCCGGGGGUCCCGCGGGUGGAGAUGACGAGCCCGACUCGCACGACGAGCUGUAA